AUGAAGCAGGAGGAGGAGGAGGGAGAUGAAGCAGAGGAGGAGAGGGAGAUGAAGCGAGGAGGAGGUAGGGAGAUGAAGCAGAGGAGGAGGAGGGAGGAGAUGAAGCAGAGGAGGAGGAGGGAGAUGAAGGCAGAGGAUGAGGAGAUUGAAGCAGAGGAGGAGAAGCAGAUGAAUAGAGGAAGAGGAGAUGAGAUUGAGCAGGAGGAGGAGGGAGAUGAAGCAGAGGAGGAGGGAGAUGAAGCAGAGGAGGAGGAGGGAGAUGAAGCAGAGGAGGAGGAGGGAGAUGAAGCAGAGGAGGAGGAGGGAGAUGAAGCAGAGGAGGAGGAGGGGGGGGAAGAUGAAGCAGAGGAGGAGGAUGAAGAGGGAGGAUGGGAGAUGAAGCAGAGGAGGAGGAGGAGGAGAUGA